GGAACGAGGAGGCCGGCCGGGGGAUGGAGCGGAGCGUCUCGGUCAUCCUGGAGGGCGAGGAGGCCGAGCUCGUCUUCAUCCGCCUGCAGGAGAUCACGCAGGCCAUCGCCCGAGAGGGCCACGCGGACGGCUGGGUGGUCGUGUACGCCAUCAACGACCGCGAGAGCUUCAAGGCGGCGUCGACGGUGCUGGGCCGCGUGUGGUCGUUGGGUCACGUGACUCAGAGAGCGGUGAUCCUCGUGGCCAACAAGACCGACCUGCAGCGCACUCGGGUCGUCACCACGUCGGAGGGCCGCACUCUGGCCAUGACCUACGAGUGCAAGUUCAUCGAAGUGAGCGCCGGCAUCGACCACAACGUGGAUGAGCUGCUCGUCGGCAUCUUGACCCAGAUCCGCCUGAAGAACAAGGUCCUGAGCAGCGAGAACCAGGAGGCGCCAGGCUCGGGCUCCGAGGGCUCGCCGACCGCCACCCAGCAGCGGAUGCGCCACAAAAACAGUUUUCGGGUCAAGGGCAUUUUGAACAAACUCCUGAACAAAGACCGCAAAACUAAGUCGUGUGAGAACCUGCACGUGUUGUGAGGCAUGUGAGUAAAAUGGUGUUUAUCUAUUCUGUUUAGAUAUUUAUAUUUUAGAACGACUUCGCAGUUCCAGUGAUACGAGACAGGCGUGGUCCUUGAAGUAAGUGUGAAAGAAUGAAAAAAAAUGCUGUUGAAAAUUGCACGAAGUGAUUUUUUUUUUCAUAUCACUUUAACUUUUGCCUUUUUUAUAUCAAUCAAAUGCAUAUCUCGUUCUUUCCUUCUUUCUUUCUCUCAUUACCCGUGAUUUUUUUAUUCUAUUAUUCAAUUGAAAACUUGAAGAUAUGCAGGGUUUUUAUAUUCGAUGAUCGAGUUUAGAGAGAGUUCAGAAUUUCUCCAGAAAUGAAGCUCGGAAAAGUUAGAAUUUAGAAAAAAAACAACGGGAAAAAUGAAGACAAUAGGUGUUAAAUUUUGUUACAAUAUACGUGACCCAAAGAAUCUAUCGAUGGAAAUUUGUGUCUGUCCGUAUAUCAAAAUCAUUUCUCGAAUUCUCUCGCGUGCUUGAGGGUUUCGCCACGUGAUGUGCUUGAUGUGUGUCUCUAUUGCUCUUUUUUUCCAUUUAUAUGAAAAAAAUAUACGUGGUUUGUCUUCCUCGCUCAUUGCAUAACUUGAAGAAAACUUUCGUGCCUGAGAUAGUUUUAAUACAUUGCAAAAUGAAGGUAUUUUAUGUGUUCCCGAUUGGAUAUCUGUCUGUGCGGUGGAGUCAAUUUCCGUUAGUGUACAUCAGUGAAUUUUGUUAUCGAGAAUAUACACUGUACUUCGUUAUCAUGAAAUCGAUAUCGUGAUUCUGCUGUAAGUCUGAUGCCGAUACUGUUACUGUCCUGGUCACAUUUCAUAAACGACGUGUUAGCAACCCAGCAAUAUAUUCUUCUUAAUGUCUGUAUCUGUUUGGGAAAAUUCCGGUCUCUACGUGUGUUGCUUUCAAAAUAUAAGUGAUUUCUGAAACGAAUGCCAAUUGAUAUUUUUAUAGCGGGAACAUUCAGAUCAGAUAAAAGCGCUAGUAUUGUUUUACGAAACCAAUUCCAUUGUUAUUUGAAGAUCUGGUUAUAGGAAUUCUGGCAAAAUCGGCAAACGGAUUCUUUCAGUGAAUAUACAAGGCAAAGGAACAGAAGUUUGUGUAAUGUAAUGUUAUGUGACUUUUAAAAAUCAUCAACAGCUUAAUAAAAUACUUCUUGUGUUUUCUACCUAAUUUUCAUAUUCAUCUAUUUUUGUAUGUGUCUAUGGAAGAUAACAUUAGAUCUGUGAUGAUAUAUUGGUAAAUUGUACAUCUAUUCUCUUUGCUACGCUCGUUAUGGUAGUACGAGUUGUGUAAGAAAAUAACUACUAACUUCCUAACUUUGUACAUGUCAAUAAAUGAUAUGUUUGUA